AUGAUUGCGGACUGGCAUGCUUGGGAAGAAACAGAGGAUUUGUCUAUAUUUGACUGCAUUAAGGAGGUCAUUAGUCUACACAUUACAUACGGGCUCAAGAACUUUGUUGUCAUACAGAUGCCAUCCCCUCCUGCUCCACCUGUGCCCCAACGGUCAAUAAUUGAAGGCAUUUCUGCCUUUCUAAGUGAGGCCAUUCUACAAUAUCCAUCUGCAACCUGGAGGGCCUGCUCAUGUGUGCAUACACUGUUACUUGUUCCAAAUUACUCCUCUGAAACAGAGGGUGUGAAGCAAUCGUUGGCAGUUGUUUUCACCCGAGCAGCAUUUUCUCAUUUUAGAGCAAUUCAAAGCAAGCCUUGCCCACUUUGGAAGCCUUUGGUGCUUGCUAUAUCAUCAUGCUACCUCUGUUGUCCUGAUAUCGUGGAUGGAAUUUUAAAUAAGGAUGAAGAUGGAGGCUUCACAAUCUGGGCAUCUGCUUUGGCUUCUGUCUGUAGUAGCACCUUUGAACCUGGUCUUUGCACAGAGUCUGAGAUUAAGUUAGCUGUAUUAACGCUGGCCAAAGUGGUUGAACGGCUUCUAGGAUUAGGGAAUCCAGGGGGCAAUUUGUUACAGGAUUGCUAUGCUUCACUAAUGGAGGCAUCUGUGCGGCUGAAAGAAGUACAGGAAGAAACAGAAAAUGAUGAAGAAGAUGACGAGGCUGAAGAUGGAGAUGAAGAUGAUGAUGAUGAAAGCCAAGAUGAUAAUGAGGUUCUUUACAAGAGGUUGACCAACUGA